AUGUCGGUCUCCGCUGUGCUUCUGCUGUGUGUCACUGGACUGCUGUGUCUCUCAUCAGCAUGUUACAUUCAGAACUGCCCGAGAGGAGGAAAACGAGCUUUACUGGAGCCCGGCUCGAGACAGUGUUUGGCAUGCGGCCCCGGAGAUAAGGGCCACUGUUUUGGCCCCAGUAUUUGUUGUGGUGAGGAGAUCGGCUGUCUCAUGGGUUCCCCGCAGAUGGCGCGCUGCCAGGAGGAGGAAUAUCUGCCAUCUCCGUGCCAGACUGCCGGAAAACUCUGUGGCUCUGAUGAGGGUCGCUGCGCCGCUCCAGGAGUCUGCUGUGACACAGAGGGCUGCAAGCUCGACCCAAACUGUUCUGAGGACAGUAAGAGUGACGAACCGGCAGAUCAGAACACAACUAUACUGGGAGCGUCACCUGGAGAACUGCUGCUGCGCCUGCUGCACCCCAACAACAGAAAACACAAUCAAUACUGA